UGAAAAACCGAGCCUAAUCAGGUCUCUGGUGCUUGUGAGUCGAGAGACAGGCCGAGAUGUCGGAGCGAAAAGUUUUGAACAAAUACUACCCACCAGACUUCGACCCCUCGAAGAUCCCCAAGCUUAAGCUACCCAAGGACCGGCAGUAUGUGGUGCGGCUGAUGGCCCCCUUCAACAUGAGGUGUAAGACGUGCGGAGAGUACAUAUACAAGGGCAAGAAGUUCAACGCGCGCAAAGAGACGGUGCAGAACGAGGUCUACCUGGGCCUACCCAUCUUCCGCUUCUACACCAAAUGCACGCGCUGCCUGGCAGAGAUCACCUUCAAGACGGACCCCGAGAACACCGACUACACCAUGGAGCAUGGAGCCACGCGGAACUUCCAGGCCGAGAAGCUGCUGGAGGAGGAGGAGAAGAGGGUGCAGAAGGAGCGCGAGGAUGAGGAGCUCAACAACCCCAUGAAGGUGCUGGAGAACCGCACCAAGGACUCCAAGCUGGAGAUGGAGGUGCUGGAGAGCCUGCAGGAGCUGAAGGACCUGAACCAGAGGCAGGCGCACGUGGACUUCGAGGCCAUGCUGCGGCAGCACCGGCUGUCGGAGGAGGAGCGGCAGCGGCAGGAGCAGGAGGAGGACGAGAGGGAGCUGGCGGCCCUGCUGGAGAAAGCAAGGACGCGGCGCCUGUUGGAGGACUCAGACUCGGAGGACGAGGCUGCCCCCGCCCCGCCCCGGCCCACGGCCCGGCCCCGACCCACCACCAUCCUGUACGAGCCCCCGAAGGCCAAGAGGAGGGUGGAGAGCUGGGAGCGGAGCGUGGGCAGCCUGGGCAGCAAGACUCAGCUGGCGGACCUGGUGGUGGUGAGGAAGACUGUGAACAGCAGCAGCCAACAGGGCCUGAGGGGGCCCAUUCCCGGUGCUGCACAGAGCAGCCAGGAGGCCAACCCUGCACCCCAGACACCUGGUGCCUCCUCGCUGAGCCUGCUGGCGGCCUACUCCGACGGGGGCAGCGACUGA